GUAGAAUACCUUUCAUUAUUUUUUAAAGAGAUCAACCACACCUUAUCACUCAUGAGGUAUGAUAUUGCAGUUUCUGAUAUAUGAUAUUACAGUUAGUGUGUAGGGCCUAGUACACUGUGUGAAUUACGAUUCAUAUUACAUGAACACCAUAAAUAAAUUUAAAUUCUAUUUUUCAAAACAAAAACAUGGCCAAUUACGGGUAGAUUAUAGACCUUAUUCCUUAAUCGUAAGUUCUCCAAAAUUUUAAUUAUGUAAAGAAAUUAUAUCGGAUGUAUCGAGCGCUUCGUGAAAAAUCAUCAAUUACCAAAGUUUAGACGUGAAGAUUAAGCAAAUUCUCAGUGUGUAGGAUUCUUACUGUAGUGUCCUAAAUCUUGCAAGUGAAUCAUAAAGUUUAAUUAAUGUUUACGCAAACAAAUUGUUCUAAUUAAAAACGUUAUUGAGAAAAAUGUGGGUCAUAAAUGAAUCUACGAAAAAUAUCUUUGUAUAUAGUUCAGUUAAAGUACUUUUUGUAAAUAAAUUUAUUUAUUUUUUGUUUUAAAAUGUAAACAGAAUCUAUUUUUCUUGAUAAUUAAUGAUGCUUGAUAAUUAGGUUAGACUUUGCAAUGAUAAUAUUAAUAGCAUUGCUUUUGCAUUUAACUAAUAAAAAUGCAGAAGCCUUAAAUCACAUUGUUAAUAUGUAAAUAGCAUAACAUGUAUACUGUAUGUUUUUCGUGCAUUGUUUUAGCUGCGAAGACUUUCCAAAAGGACGACUGCGAGAGACCUUGGUUUUACUUAAUAAUUUGGUGUUACUUGUUCAAAAUGUGAAACAACAUCUCAGACUUAAUCAAGUUAAAAUCCUUUGUCGCUUGGUCGAGUGUUUAAUUACUACUAUUGUACUUCAAAAGAAAGGAAUUGAUCUUCAAGAUGAACCUAGUGUACUGGAAAAUGAAAAUGAUCGCGAUAAGAACCUUUCCACAUCUUUUCAAUUGACAGAUAUUCCGAAGGAAAUGUCAUCUCAUUUACAAUCACAGAAAGCGUUUGUUGAAGGUUUUAUAGAUGCAAGGCUUUCUUUAGGGCUUGAAUAUAGCAAGGAUACAGAAUGGGACCAGGAAUUGCAGGUCAGUAAUUGGUAAGACGUACAUGAAUAUUAACACUUGUAUUCUACAUUACGUAUUUACGUCAGGGGUGAUACAGGUCAUGAAAAAUCUGGAGAGUUCGGGAUUUUCAAUAUUUCAAAAUCCAGACCUGUAUGGAAAUUCUGGAAAAUCUGUUUCAGUCGUGGAAAGUAGGUGCAUGUUUCCAUUGGAUAUUUGGCAGUUAUUUACCAAUAUUUCAGAGUUCCAAGCCAUGGAUUUUUGGAAAAUGGUUACGGAGAAAAUUUUAAAUCGGAUAUGGUUUACGAACCCCGUUACGGAGCUCAUAAAACUUGCAUGCCAUCAGCUAUUAAGCUGUCAGAAUAGGCUAUACCAAAUACGGUUUAAACUCCUUCUUAAAGCAUGUACUAUUUAUAUUGUGAAAUAAUUUUGUUCAUCCCAAAAUUCGCGAUAGUGUAGGAAUUAUUGGACUUUUCCGUCAGAAUUGGACGCUUUCCGAUCUAUUUAGGUUACAUACAAGUUGAAUUUUUAUCAAUCAAUAAAUUGGAGAUUUUGCUUGAUUUUAUAACGCUCAAAAAUCGAAUUGCUAUAUUUACUCGCCCAAGGUCUCCUUUCUGAUUAAAUGAACGCUUCAAUUUUAACGCAUGCACAGACAAAAUUUAUACCGAUUGGACUAUAUGUACCACUGGCGUAAUUCUGAUUGUAUGUGUCUCUCGUGCAGGCUUGGAACGAACUACUAUCUUUGUCUGUCCCGGACAUCUUCUAUAUGCCGUGGCACAAGAAAUUCAUGGCUAAAUUUCAAAAUAGAAUACACAAGGUAU